GAACAAUUAGCAUCUUUUAUCCUAAAGAAUUGAUAUCGAAUAUAUCCACCACUAGCUCCUCCCUCUCCACCACCUACCUCUGCCGCCGCCACUAUCUCUCCGCUAUUUUGCUGUGUUUAGGUGAUGGCGGCUUUUGGUGCUGCGAUUUCUCUCAAGAAUACCAUUAACCAUAUUCUAAAAUCAUCUCGCAUAUCACUGGUUCCUGCCUCUUCUACACAAGUCUUACGACCUGCCAACGAGGCCAUGGAUCGCUUGCUGACUGCUCUGUCAAAGUUGGACCACACCGGCUACAGUAAGAUCAGGACGAAGGUGAACGCUUUGGAUGAACGAAUCAAAGAGGCCGUAUGGGAAUUCGAAGAUUUACUAGAAUCUCAUUUCUAUGAUCAGAUUCUUCCACAACUCGAAAGUGAGAGAGGUCACUUGUCUUUCUCGGUAGAUCUGCAGAGUCUGCAACAGAGUGUUGAUUUCUUCGUCGAGAGGAUGGCAGAGAUGGAAUUGGAGUACGAUUUUGAAGUGGUGAAUAUGCCUGAAGAAGAAGGCGAACCUAUUGCCUCAAGGAUUGAUUUUGGUGGAAUCAGCUCAGACAUGGUUGGAUUAUCUGGGUUUUUUGAAGAUACUAGGGAUUAUCUUCUUGGAGAAGAUCUUCUUAUAGAAUAUGAAUGGAAUUGCUUAUCAGUAAUUGGGAUGGCAGGGGUUGGAAAAACGACCAUUGCUAAGAAAGUAUUUGACGAUCCACUGAUUCGGAAACAUUUCGAGCAUCGAGCAUGGGUCAAAGUGGGUCGAAAAUGUGAAUUCAAUGAAAUCUUACGAUGUGUUCUUGCUCAAGUGGAUCCCAACACUCGCCACCAAAUGCUUACUCAAGGAUUCUAUGAGGACGACCAGAAAUUAGUUGGACUCUUGAAAGAGAGAUUGAAGGAUAAGAAAUGUCUCAUUGUGUUGGAUGAUGUAUGGAAAUGGGAUACACGAUUCAUGGAUAACUUGCCACAAGAAAAUGUCAGAAUCUUGCUUACAAGCCGGAAAAAAAUUAAAGGUCCAUAUAAACGAGUACCCUUGUUGAAUGAAGAAGAAAGCAAGAAAUUACUUGGUGAGAAGGUAUUCGGUGAAAAGGGCUUCCCUCCUGACCUUGAGGAGUUGGGAAAGAAGAUUGCCGAAAAAUGUGAAUCUCUUCCACUUAUGAUAGUCACAGUUGCAGAUCUCCUAUCCAAAGAAGACAAGACACCAAAAUUUUGGACUGAGGUAGCAAAGAAACAACAUAAUUCAGUCUUUGUGGAUGCAUACAAUCAAAUAUCGGAGGUAUUUUUCCCAAGCUAUGAAUACUUAGAUCAAUAUUUGAAAAUGCUCUUUCUCUAUUUGGGGGCUUACCCUUCACACAGUGAUAGCUACAAAACGGAAUUCCUUCAUCAGAUAAAUGCGGAAGGAUUUUUUGGACACUCUCUCUAUGAAUGUCUAAAGGUAUGCUUGAAUGUGCUUUCUGAUUGGUAUCAUCUUGUUCUACAUGAACGCAAUAUUGGUUCCUGGUUUUCAAUGAACAAGUUAAGCGUGCAUUCUUGCUGGCAGCACCUGUGUAAGAGAGAAGCAAGUAAGAUCAAGUUUUUGCUUGUUAUACAAAGUUGCGAUGAUGUUACGAAAGGCCAGCGUCGGUUGUGUGCGCAUUGCAACACUUUAUUUGCCUUCGAACAAGUGUAUGAUGCAAUAAAAAGUGAUUGUGCUUCCACUGCCCGUUCUCUCCUUUGUUAUGGUCCUUUCCACGAAUAUCCAAUUCCAAUACAUGCCAUGGAUUUUAAGUUGCUUAGGGUACUUAUCGCUGAUCAGGUCCGACUUUACCAUAUCCCACCUGAAAUUAUGAAACUAGUUUGUCUAAAGUUUCUUUCCCUAACAUGCAACAAAGAGCUCCCUGCUUCCAUAUCCAACCUUAUUCAGCUUCAAUCCCUAAUUAUUAAGCAGCAUACGAACAUUAAAAAGCGUGGAGCUUUGUCAUACAUGCCGGUUGAAGUAUGGGGCAUGCAGGAACUAGUGCAUCUUGAGGUAAUUGGAAGAGACCUACCAACCCCUAGUUCUGAUGCUACUUUAGAAACGCUCUGUUGUCUUUUUGGUGUGAGUGCAAAGAGUUGCACCAAAGAAAUUCUGAAAAGAAUCCCUAAUUUAAAGAUAUUACGCAUUGAGCUGGAGUUGAAGCCUUGCGAUGAUGACGAUGAUAUCAACCCACUGAGUGGCUUGGAAUAUAUCUCAACCGAACUCCAUAAUUUGGAGUCGCUUCACUAUCAUGUGCCUAACCCUGAGAUGAGGUAUGAGUGUAUGGUUCCUCUUUCAAUGUUCUCAUCAAGUUUGAAGAUGUUGGUGUUGUGUGGCUUAGGGUGUUCAUGGAAGCACAUGAAUGACAUUGGUUCGCAACUACCAAAUCUUGAGGAACUUAUUUUAAAUCACUACGCCUUUCAAGGCCCAGAGUGGGAUAUACAAUCAGAUUGUUUUUUGAAACUCAAGACACUUGUUAUUGAUGAUAAUGAUCUGGUGCGAUGUAUAGCUCAACAAGGAAGCCUCCCCAGGCUCGGGCUCCUAAGCAUACGGCAUUGCUACAAAUUAAGACAACUCGAUUGGACGCGUGAUCCCUCAGUGGGCACAACGCCUACAAUUGAAUUAGUUGAGUGCAAUCCCUUAGUUGUCGCUUCUACCAAGCAUUUCCCAGAAUCUCUCUUCACAGUUUAUUGCUACUCUUCUUUUUGAGAUGAGAAGUCAUUGCUAGACUCUCAACUUGGCUGACAGGCAAAUGAAAGAGAGAAAAAGGAUAUCAAACGCUGUGUCAAUGAUUGGGAAUUCUUGAUUUUGUUGAGGAUUAUGAAACCUCAUUGCUGGAUAAUGUUUGAAUAUUUAUGUAAUGGUUGAGUUAAAGGGAUUGUUGAAAUUGUAAUUUAUGUGACUUGACAGCAUGGUUUCGACUCUUGUAAUUUUUGUUUCAAUAACUUGUGAAGAUAUAUAUUGUGUUGUUGUUCGUUCUGUUA